UGUUUUAUUGUUAACGUAUGAAGAAAUUAAAUAUCUACGAUUAUUAUUACCCUGUAAUUGACGAUUAUUAAUGCCCGCAUCGAUUACUAGCAGAAAUACACAUUAGAUUAUCGAUUAUCACGGUGUGAGAGAGAUCUCAUUUCAACUGUUGACCAUAGGGACCAUUGGAGUGGGGAUUGAUAUCUAUCUGCAACUGCAGUGUAGUUUACAGAAUAUGUAAAUAAUAUCCGAGGGCGAAUCGAAUAUUUAUAUAAAAGGUGAAAUCACUAUGAAAAUAUGGCAGUUGUAAUAGAAACUACUAUAGGGGAUUUUACCGUCGACUUGUACACCGAUGAACGCCCGCAAACGUGUAGGAAUUUUUUGAAGCUAUGCAAACUGAAGUAUUACAAUUGGAACUUGUUCCAUUCUGUUCAGAGCCAUUUCAUUGCUCAGACUGGCGAUCCUACCGGUACUGGGAAAGGGGGUGAAAGUGUUUACGGUAUCGUGUUAGGCGAAAAAGCACGGUACUAUGAGGCAGAGCAGAUGCCAAAAAUAAAACACGAUAGAAGCGGUUUGUUGUCUAUGGUUAAUUGCGGUAACAACAUGCUGGGCUCUCAGUUUUUCAUUACCUUGGCUCCCGAGCUUCAGUCAUUGGAUGGAGAACAUUGCGUGUUUGGGGAAAUUACGGAAGGCUUAGAGAUUAUCUUUAAAUUUAAUGACACAAUCUGUGAUGGAGAUCAUAGGCCCUAUCAAGAUAUCCGUAUCUCUCAUACGGUCAUCUUGGAAGAUCCUUUCGAGGAUCCUAGAGGUUUCAUUGUACCUGAUCAAAGUCCACCUCCUACAAAAGAAUGUUUAAUGAGUGACAGAAUUGGAGCAGACGAAGUUAUAGACGAUACAGCUGGCAUGACAACAGAAGAGAUUGUAGAGAUGCAAAAAGAAAAGGAAGCAAAAGCAAGAGCGACAAUACUGGAAAUUGUGGGAGACAUUCCAGAUGCGGAUAUGGCACCACCUGAAAAUGUUCUCUUUAUUUGUAAAUUGAACCCUGUCACGAACGACGACGAUCUGGAAAUUAUCUUUAGCCGAUUUGGAAAAGUCGUUGGCUGUGAAGUCAUCAGAGAUCGUCAGUCAGGAGAUUCUUUGCAGUACGCGUUCAUAGAGUUCGCCGAUCGGAAAAGCUGCGAGGAGGCUUACUUCAAGAUGGACAACGUGCUAAUCGACGACCGUCGCAUACACGUGGACUUCUCGCAGUCGGUGGCCAAAAUGAGGUGGAGGGGUAAGGGAAAAGGGAUACAGUACUUCGAUGACAAGGACGACGCGGCUAAUGAAAAUCGGAAAAAGCCUGGACCGAGAAACCAGAGAAGAGAUGACAGUAUCGACGAGGUCAGGUACAGAAGAGAAACUGACAGGAGGACCAAAGAGGAAGUGCUGGACCACAGGAAACACGAGCGCAGGAAAGAGGCGAGGAAAGAGGAUUCCGAGUAUUCCCGUAACGGAGGGAAGUACUCGGAGAAAGAGAAAUACAGGGAAGGAAAGUAUCGCGACGAUUCCUGCGAAAAAUACGAGUACGAGUCCAGACGCAAGAAGGAGAGGAAACACAGGAGCAAAGAUCGAAGCAGGGACAGGCACAGGGACAAAGGUCGAAGUAAAAAGGAGAGUCACAAAGAGCAUCGGUCCAAUAAAAAAUACGACAGCGAGAAAAGGAAAAAGAACAGGGACACGUCUAGCUCGGACAGCGACAGUUCGCGACACGGCAGACACGAGGAGAGACACAGUAACAAGAAGAGGCGGGAUCGCGACCGGUCCGGAGACAGACACGGGAAACCAGAGAAGCACAAACAGAAGAGGAAAUAAUGUAAAUAGUAUUGUCUUUACAAGCAAAUCUGAAAUAUCGUACACACGGACUGCAGAACACCACAUAAAUAUAUUUUGUGAAACACUAGGUCGAGUGAUCGAUGAAACAUUUUUAAAAAUAUACGCUUACGUUUUCAAGCGAAUAAAGCUAUCACUU